UUUCCCGCGAUCACCAUCAACCUCUCGUUUCCUCUUCUUCUCGCGUCGCCCCUCAGAUAAGGUCUCUCUCUCUCUCUCUCUCUCUCUCUCUCUACACCUGAUCGGCCAUGGCAGAAGCUGCUUCGACGAUCUUCCAGACUUCACUCGUCCCAGCCUUCUCUCCACUCAACAGCAAGGCCUACAAACCUCGCCCUCGCUUCGCGCCCUGCCCCUCGCCCUCGAGGACGACAGUGGUUUGCUCGGUGUCCGCGACUAACUCCUCCGCCGCCGCCGCCAAGGCGUCGGAAGCGCAGCGGAUCCCAUGGGGAUGCGAGGUCGACUCUCUGGAGAACGCGUCGGCGCUGCAGAGGUGGCUGUCGGACUCCGGUCUGCCGCCGCAGAAGAUGUCGAUUCAGCGAGUCGACGUUGGGGAGAGAGGGCUCGUCGCGUUGAAGAAUAUAAGGAAGGGCGAGAAGUUGCUGUUCGUGCCUCCUUCGCUCGUGAUCACCUCAGAGUCGGAGUGGAGCUGUGCAGAGGCUGGUGAAAUUUUAAAGAGAAAUUCGGUGCCAGAUUGGCCGUUGCUUGCUACACACUUGAUUAGUGAAGCAAGUUUGAUGGGUUCUUCUAGGUGGAGCAAUUAUAUCGCGGCCCUCCCCAGACAGCCCUAUUCACUUUUAUACUGGACGCGUGCAGAGCUGGAUAGAUACUUAGAAGCAUCACAAAUCAGACAACGAGCAAUUGAAAGGAUUACUAAUGUCAUUGGAACAUAUAAUGACUUAAGGUCCAGGAUAUUUUCCAAGCAUCCUGAAUUAUUUCCUGAAGAGGUAUAUAAUUUGGAGACAUUCAAAUGGUCAUUUGGCAUUCUUUUCUCCCGCUUGGUCCGUCUACCCUCGAUGGAUGGAAGGGUUGCAUUAGUUCCAUGGGCAGAUAUGUUGAAUCACAGUUGUGAGGUUGAAACUUUUCUGGACUAUGAUAGUGCAACAAAGGGAGUUGUCUUCACAACUGACCGGCCCUAUCAACCAGGCGAGCAGGUUUUCAUAUCAUAUGGCAGGAAGUCUAAUGGAGAACUCCUACUGUCUUAUGGGUUUGUUCCUAAAGAGGGCACAAACCCAAGUGAUUCAGUAGAGGUAUUACUGUCACUCAAGAAAUCCGACAAAAGUUACAGCAAAAAGCUAGAAGCUCUAAGGAAGCAUGGCUUAUCCGCCACCCAGUGUUUUCCCGUACAAAUAACUGGCUGGCCUGUAGAGUUAAUGGCAUAUGCCUAUCUAGCUGUUAGCCCUCCCAGCAUGAGCAAUCAAUUUGAAGAGUUGGCAGCUGCCGCUUCAAAUAAGACAACAACAAAAAAGGACAUGAGAUUCCCUGAAAUAGAGGAACAAGCAUUGCAAUACAUACUAGACAGCUGUGAAUCGAGUAUAUCUAAGUACUCCAAAUUCUUGCAGGAGAGUGGGUCAAUGGAUUUGGAUGUGACUUCUCCGAAACAACUCAAUCGAAGAUUGUUUCUAAAACAGUUAGCUGUAGACUUAUGCACUAGCGAGAGAAGGAUACUUUUCCGAGCUCAAUAUAUUCUGAGAAGAAGGUUGAGAGAUCUAAGGAGCGGCGAACUGCGAGCUUUGAAUUUAUUUGAUGGGUUGAGAAAGCUCUUUAAAUGAGAGUGUGAGAACAUGGUGAUACUUGCAAUGGCAGACUCUCGGAUCUGUUGAGAUCUCAAUGUGACCUCAGUUUGUAAUCCGACUUUGGCGUCAAUGGAGAUAUGAGGACUUUCGGUGCCAAUUGAGGUCAAGCAGGCAUACAAUCAGCUGCCGGUCCCAGUAUAAACUUCGAUUGUACUUUUAGAUUGCAAGAGUAUGGAGACGAUAGCAGAUCAGGUGUCUCAGAAUGUCAUAUUGCAACUGAUGAUGCCCGCUCUACUCAUGAAUCUUUCUGGCUUUUGAAAUGCCACUUCGAUUGUACUUCGAUUUUGAAUAUCUCCGACUCUUAUUUUGUUCAAUGAGGAUGAUAGGAGGAUAAAUCUUCAUUUUGUGUUGUUACUAAAUCCAGCAAAUCUCCACUUUUGAAGACAAAAAUAUAUUUUU